UCUGAUAAGAAGGCACCGCCUGCCAGCAUGUCUGUGGACCCCUUGUCCAGCAAAGCCCUGAAGAUCAAGCGCGAGCUGAGCGAGAACACGCCGCACCUGUCGGACGAGGCGCUGAUGGGGCUGUCGGUGCGCGAGCUCAACCGGCACCUGCGCGGGCUCUCGGCCGAGGAGGUGACGCGGCUCAAGCAGCGGCGCCGCACGCUCAAGAACCGCGGCUACGCCGCCAGCUGCCGCGUGAAGCGCGUGUGCCAGAAGGAGGAGCUGCAGAAGCAGAAGUCGGAGCUGGAGCGCGAGGUGGACAAGCUGGCGCGCGAGAACGCCGCCAUGCGCCUGGAGCUGGACGCGCUGCGCGGCAAGUGCGAGGCGCUGCAGGGCUUCGCGCGCUCCGUGGCCGCCUCCCGCGGGCCCGCCGCGCUCGUGGCCCCCGCCAGCGUCAUCACCAUCGUCAAGUCCGCCCCCGGCUCGGGCCCCGCCCCCGGGCCAGGCCCCGCCCCCGCCGCCUGUUCCUAG